CUCUCGCGAUGCCAUUGCCACGAGCUUCUCGUCCUAAAGCCUGCUCCCAUUUCCUGCCUGAGUCCUGACAUCCGACCGCGUGCGCGGCAGCGCGGCGCCCCAGCCUCCGUAGGCCAGCAUGGACCUCACCGACCAGUCGCCGGAGGAGAUGUACUCCGUGUGGGCCCUCCUGCCGGAGCCUGUCCACCGACGCCUUCUCGGCCUCAUGGCCGGCCUCCGCGCCGCGCACGGCGGCGCGGUCUUCGAGCCGCACGCCACCGUCCUCGGGGCCAUGCGCUUCCGCCGCUCCGCCGCCGUCGAGGCGCUACGAGCCGCGGCGGCCGGCCUCCGCCCAUACACCGCCCGCGUCGCCUCCAUCGGGCGCUACGGCGUCAACCUCCUCCUCGAACCAACCCGUGAGGUGAUGGCCACGAGCGACCACUGCCGCGCCCACUUCGACUACCAGAGACCAGCUCCGUACGUGCCGCAUCUGAGCCUCUUGUAUGGAGAUCACCUGACGGAGGAGGAGAUGGCAGCGGCGAGGAAGAAGGCAGGGGAGAUGGACAAGGGAAUAUUUGGGCUGCAGUUCGAGAUAUCCGAGCUCGCGCUUUACAAAACGGAUCCGAAGGACAAGAGCUUGGAGUCGUGGGAAUUGGUUCAACUGUGCCACCUUCAGAAGAAGUGAUCUCAGUUUGCUCCCAAUGCAUGCCGAUGCUGCAUGCUGCCAUGUAUCCACGUUUGCGAGUUAUGUUGUGUGCGUGUAGUAAUAACCACAUGUAUAAUUUGUCUCCCGGAGCCCUUCUGCUUGGAAUAAGGAAAUAAUAAUGUAAUAUAGGGGUUUUUGUCUUCUUAAAUGUGCAAAAAAAAAUUCAAAUC